AUGCGCGUCCCAUCUCUGUCACUCUCUUUGGCGACAUUGGCCCUCGCGGGACACGUCUCUGCGACUCCGGUCAGGCGCGCCCAAGAUGACCAGGCUAGCCAGCGUGCUGCUGCCGUGAAGCAAGCCUUCCAGAUUGCUUGGGACGGGUAUAAGCAAUACGCUUUCCCCCACGACCAGCUUCAUCCGGUGGACAACACCUAUGACGAUGGCUACGACGGUUGGGGUGCUUCGGCGAUUGAUGCUCUCUCCACGGCCAUUGUGAUGCGCAACGCUGAGGUCGUUAACGAGAUCCUGGACUAUAUCCCAACAAUCAACUUCCGGAACACGACCGUCACGUCGACCAUUAGCCUUUUCGAGACCACUAUUCGGUAUCUGGGUGGCCUGCUGGCCGGCUAUGAUUUGCUCAAGGGGCCUGUGGCUGGCCUGGUCAAUGACACUCAGAAAGUUGAUACCAUCCUGACCCAGGCGAAGACUCUUGCCGACACGCUGAAAUACGCGUUCGACACCCCCUCCGGCAUCCCGUACAACAAUCUAUACAUUAACUCCAAGGGCAAUGAUAACUCGACCACCAACGGUCUCGCCACCACCGGGACUUUGAUCCUAGAGUGGACCCAUCUGUCCGACUUGACCGGUGAUGACGAGUAUGCCAAACUCGCUCAAAAGGCCGAGUCGUACCUCCUGAACCCUCAGCCAGCCUGGGCCCAGCCUUUCCCGGGUUUGGUUGGGACCAACAUCGCAAUCGACACGGGACUUUUCCAGGACGACUUGGUCACCUGGAACGGUGGCGACGAUUCUUUCUACGAGUAUUUGAUCAAGUUCUUUGUGUACAGCCCGAGUCGAUUCUCAGAAUAUCGGGAUCGUUGGGUGGCUGCCGCCGAGUCAACGAUUGCGCAUCUGGCAUCUUCGCCGUCCACUCGUCCCGAUCUGACGUUCGUUUCCGUCUAUAACAACGGAACAUAUCAACUGUACUCCGAGCAUCUCACUGGUUUCAUUGGCGGGAACUUCUUGCUGGCUGGCUCGGUUCUGGGGCGUCAAGACUUCAUCGACUUCGGUCUGAAGCUGGUGGAUUCAUGGCAUGACACCUACAACUCCACGGCUACCGGUAUUGGACCGGAGGAAUUUAGCUGGGAUCCGAACUCGGUUCCGGCGGACCAGGAAAGUUUCUUCAAGCAGGCGGGCUUCUACAUUACGGCUUCGAAUUACGUUCUCAGGCCGGAAGUCAUUGAAAGCAUUUAUUACGCGUACCGCAUCACCGGUGACCAGAAGUACCGUGACUGGGCGUGGGAUGCAUUCGUCGCCAUCAACUCGACGACUCAUGUCAGGUCUGGAUACUCGGGAAUUGAAAAUGUCAACGUUGCCGGCGGCGGCGGGUAUGACAACGUUCAGGAGAGUUUCUUUUUUGCCGAAGUGCUGAAGUAUUCCUACUUGAUCCAGGCCGACGAUGCGGAGUUCCAGGUCCAGAAGAAUGGAAAGAACUCGUUCGUCUUCAACACCGAGGCACACCCCAUAAAGGUUGUCGGAUAA